UGACGUCACUCCAGCGUUUCAGCACUACUGCGCUGUCCAGCCUCUCUAUCUGGACCCUCAACAGCCGCGACUAUUCUCUUUACCGGACAGCUGGUAAGAAUAGUCCUGACUGCCGAGGGAGACUAACUUUCCUCUUAAUCGGUUCAUCACUGCAAACCUAACAAUCUGCGGUAGCGCCACAGAGCGCAUUCUGCUGAGAUUGUGGAAAGCGGAUCGGGUCCCGGUAGCGCAGCGGCACUCCAGGAAGGAGCUGGCUAUGCUGUUUCUCUUGGCUUGAAUUUUUGGGGGGUAGCGUUUUGCUGCGGCGCUGUCCGUGACAUUGCGGUUGGAAGAGCCGCCGGUGGACCACGAAGAUGGCGGAGAACGCUGUCAACACCGCUGUCAGUGCAACGACAGCAGCCACUAAAGUAAUGACAUCACCUUUAACUCCAGAAAAGAGACCUCAAAGCAAUGGCCAUGCAUCACCAACUCACCAGAAAACCAACCAAGGCAGCCCUUCUAUAAAACACACUGAUGCUCUGACCCCACCCACCGUCACUGAAAAGAAAACUCAAACCAACGGGCACGCUUCACCUUCACGUCAUCCAACCAACACCAACGCACAUGCAGAUAUGGAGGGCUAUUUGAAGACAGAUGAUAGAAUGAGACUUGCCAAGGAGAGACGUGAGGAGAGGGAGAAGAGUUUGGCUGCACGGGAGCAAGCUAUAAAGGAGAAAGAAAGGCGGGCACAACUGCAGUAUGAGAAGACGGUGGAGGAGCGAUGGAAGCGGCUGGAGGAGCAGAGACAGAAGGAGGAGCUUCGCAGAGCAGCCGUGGAGGAAAAGAGAAGACAGCAGCUAGAGGAGGAGAAGGAGCGACUGGAAGCUCUAAUGAGGAGAUCACUGGAGCGCAGCUUGCAGCUGGAAAACAGGAAUAAGCGCUGGGCAUGGGGUCCCAACGGCACCGCUCAAGGUGACUGGGAGAAUGCCCUGCCUCCUCUCUCUGCUGCCUCCGCCCUCCCCCAUGACCUCGCUGCUCCCUCUCCUGCUGCCAUCGAGUCAGGCAACGUGCCCCCCAGUCCUCACAGGUCACCGUACAGAGGGUCACCGAGUCGAAGAAGAAACAAUCCUGUGCCAACAGAAGAGUCCAGUGGAGCUUUCAGUGCCCCCAACACCCCCAAGAAGGAGAGAUUGCGUAGAGAGAGGAGGACUGGCUCUCCGGCCACAGGUUCCCCAGUCAGGCGAGCAAAAUCUCCAGCUGAUGUUGCCCGGCGCUCUGCCUCACCUGCCACACCCAAGUUAUUGCCUAAGAGUCGUACUCAGUCACCGUGUACAGUGCGGCAGUAUCCACCCUCCCCUAUGAAACACAGACCCGCCACACCGGUCAAUGACAGCAACAGGAAGACAGAAGACAAGCAAGCUGAGGAUGUCAAAACUCAGGAUCCUCAGGAGGGCAGGUCUCUCAAGGCUGAAAUCCAUCAGAACAAGAGCCCUAAUAAUGAAAGUUUAGAUAAGGCACCAAAAAUGGAAACAACGGUUUCCAGCACACCACCUCCAGAAAGAAGAACAAUGAAGAUAGAAAAUCACAUUAAUGGGGCAAAGGAGAAGAAAAGUGUAGUUUUGGAAAACCAGCAGAAAAAGAAUGAAAAGGUGGAGACCCCUGAGAAAAAACAUCCCAAAUCAAACGGUAAUGAUGUGACUCCAAACAAAUGUGCAGAUCCUUCACCUGUGAACUCUCCUGGCAAGGUGGCUGCUGGUACGACAGAUGCUGAGGAGGCGUCUCGUCUGCUUGCAGAACGCAGGCGUCUAGCCAGAGUUCUGAAGGAACAGGAGGAGAAACAACGCAGGGAAUUGGAGGAGCAGGAAAAACUAAAGAGUGAGCAGCUUAAGAAGAGGCAGCUGGAGGAAAGAGCUCGACAAGAAGAGAAGGCUCGUCAAGCUGAGGAGGAGAAGUGUAGACAAGAGCAAGAACGGAAGAAGAGAGAGCAGGAGGAGAAAACAAAGGAAAAGGAGCUUCAGGCCCAGAUGGAGAAAGAGAAAGAGGAGGCAGAGAUUCGAGCUCAAAAGGAUGCUGAGCGUCAGCGGCAGGAAAGAGAGCUUUCCAAACAGCAGGAGGAACAGGAAAGACAACAACGAAAAAAGAGAAUUGAAGAAAUUAUGAAGAGAACCAGGAAGGGUGAUGGAGAGAUGAAGAGAGAGGACAGCCCAGAGCCCUUAUCUCCUGUGUCCCACCCUGUUUCUCCUCCAGGUGGUAACCAUUUGGCCUCAAGUGCUGAAGUAAAAUCUCAGCCCAACCCCAUUCAGACAACCUCUGUGCACGGUGCAACCGACAAACAGGAGAGUCCAGGGAAAAGACCAGAGAAUGGCUGUGCGAAUGACCAGAUAAAGUCGCCUGCUCACAUGGCCUCAAAAAACCCCUCCAUGAACGGCCAAGUGAUCAUUAACUCGACUGCAGUGAAAACACAAGAGAAAGGAAAGGUAAGUGAAGAGAAUGCCAAGACUAUUAGACAAGAGAAUGAACAUGUGAAGACCCAAUGUUUACAAGUGAAGGAGGAGACCAAUCGAGAAGACACAUCAGCAGCAAAAGUGCAGGUAACCCCGCUGAAGAGCUUACCUGAAAACACAGUAACAAAUAUUAAGAGUACAGUGAUGACAGACAGUAAACCCCAAGUUUCCACCCAAGUGAAACCACCUGCAAAUAUCCCCACUAACAACCUGACCAAUGGAAAAAGCCAAACUAUCACUCAGGUGGCCAAACAGGAGGCCAAUAACCAAGUGAAAACACCUGAUUCUGUACAAAUGAAUGGACAGGCCGCAGCUCAGGGACCCAGGAAGGAUAUCACUGUGAAGAAAUCAGACACCCCUCAUGCCAAUGGACAGGGGAGCCCAACAGUAGCUGUCCCACAAGCAAAGACAGUCACUCAGGCUGGUGGACAUAUGAUAACACAGGUGAAAUCAAAGGAGGGAGGGAACGACAACGUACCCUCUUCCUUGACCCCAUUGCCAGAGUCAAAAACCCCUCUGCCUCUUAUUCAUCUGGAGACUUUGGAGGGGAAGAGUGGAGCGGCAGAGGACUCUGCAGAUGAAGUGCAGUACAUGGAGGUUAGCCCUGUUUCAAAGGAGGAGUUAAUUUCUAUCCCAGAAUUCUCCCCGAUGAACUCUCCCCAGCAGAAUGGAACGAAUAACAUGCGUGCUCUUGAGGACUUGUUGGAUCUGACAGGACAAGUAGCCUAUCCCAGACUCUCUCCUGCUGCCAGCCUGGGUGACUGCAACAAGAAUCUGAUAGAGGGGGUCUGUAGCCCUGGAUCAGACUCUAAACUCAUCCCCAACAACUCUCCAUCCUCUGACAAACAACACGUACAAUAAGGUAAUGUGACAGACUACACUGGCACAGCUGACUGCAAUGGGAUAACAACUCAUGUCUUUUAACAGAAAAAGAAAGAAAGUGGAAAAGAAGGAAGAAAAUACUGCUGGGCAUGAGUGUGAAAUUUGUCCGUCUAGUUUCAAUGUUGUCCUCACUGCAAAUGAUGUCCUUCUGCCUUUAAUCUUUACAGCACAAAAACCAAGUGUAAUGAAGCUGUGGUUUAGUAUUAUGGACAGACUUUAAUUCAAGUGUGAAGUGUUCACUAGACGUGUGUUUUGUGUGUAUGUUUAUAUACGUACAGAUGUGGAUGGCCAAAAUUGCUGGUAGGAGGGUUUGGACAUAAUACUUUGAUAUAUAUCUUAUGCCAGAGUUCAACAUUUUCCAAUGACAUCGUCAUCACUGGAUAGAGACAGAACACUGAUUGGUUACUCUUAUAUUUUAGAAAGCAUAACUCUAUGAAAUAAUAAAUAGUGUAAAAUAUUAACUCUUUGUAGUUAGAAAUACAUGAUAAAGGGUUUCUUUGCCAGUCGACUCUGUCAUUGGUAACAGUAUUAUUAUGAAUUGUUUUGUUGAGUAACUGCUGUAUAUUUUAGGCUCAACUAACAUUGCAUCACACUGUAUUGAACCCCCCAGUUUGCUAUGAAAUGCUUGUACCGCAGGACAUUAGCACAUUAGAGAAACACGACCAUCAGUGAAUACAGCAUGUAUAUUAUUACAAAAAAAGAAUUAAUGGCAGUAAGCCCAUUUUAAAGCCCUAGUUUACCAGUAAUUAAUUCAGUAUUAGUGUCAUAUUCUUCCUCCGGUGUCAUCACUGUGCUUAACAAUGUAGUUUCAGUCUCAGAAGUUCUUUUGACAAAUGUAAACCAGUUCUAUUGGAGUCCUGACUUUAUUCCUUGACAUUGAAGAAUGAAAGUGUUGUGUUCCAGACCAAAAACCCAUUGGUGUGCUUUUACUUACCUGAACACUUCUGUAAACUGUGGGUGUUGCAGGUAUAUGGAUGUUUGGAGCGGAUGGGUAUGGGAGUUGACAGCUUUGUUGUUUAAUUGUUCUAUAUAGUGUGGAUGCACAAAAAAAGCUUACUUGAAAAACUGUUUAAUUAGCCUGCAGGGAACUUCUAAACUUCUCCAAGUGUCUCAGCUUCAAUCUCUAAAUACAGUACAGCAGUGACUUCAAGUUGUGAUUACUGUAGAUGAUGUGCAUGGUGGCAUGAGCAUCAAGCCAUAAUUAUACGCCUAGAAAUAAACCAAUAAACUGUCUU